AUGGCUUCUCAUGUGGUAGUCACAGACACAGCUUUCCGGAGGCAGACGGUGAAGGUUACGCCAGGAAUAUAUAUGACAGAUGUUCUGGGUGAGGCCUGCCGAAAGUUUGGAGUCAAGUCGGCCAAUUAUACACUCAAAUACAAAGGCAAGCCAGUGGAUCUCUCCAGAACAUACCGCCAAACAGGCCUCGUCUCUGGCGCGAAACUCGAACUAGUAGUCGCCUCUCGAUCACCUUCAGUGGUUUCUGUUGCCCUCCAACUUCCAGAUGUAUAUUCUUCAAGUGUUCCAAAUGGCCGAUUGACAGAUAAAUUCCCAAGCGACACCACACUAUGGCUUAUAUUGCGGAAGUUCGAGAACACACCUGAGCACAACUUUAAUUUUACGGCGCGAGGGGUUAGCCAGGUCGAGAAUGGGAAUGUGCUGGAAGCGAAGAUUUUCUAUGAGAAGCCGGUGGUCCAACUCAUGGCGAGGGAAUUUUCAUCUUUUGAAGAACUCCAACAGACGCUUGCGCAGUUAGGAUUUAACAGCGGAACUGGACUUAUUAAAUUGAAGUUUUCACGAACGACAACGCCUCUGGAGGAAGCACGAGGCGAGAUUAGUGCACAUUUCAAGCAGCUGGCAGAGAAGGAGGCCGCAGCAAAGGAGAAGGCAGAGGCAGAAGCGGCGGCUAAGGCGGAGUCUGAUGCGAAAGAAGGAGAAACGGCAGAAGCACAAAAUGUUAUUGACAGUGUUACUGGCGACGUUGAGACCCCUCCAACCAAUAAAGGUGUCGCUGGCGACGUUGAAAUGACUGACGCUUCACAACCACCAGAACCAUCAGCAGCCGCAUCGACAUCAGAGGCGAUUAAAGAGGACGUUCUGGGUCCUGGUCAGCGUCCUAUCUCAAUAUACUCUCCCCCAAGCUCAGAUACGCCAAAAGCUGCUUUGCAACCGGUCCAGGAUGAUGAUUUCGAGCCAUCGAUAGUACACGCCAAAUUACAUCAAGAUCGUCUAAAGAAUAGUUCACAUAAUAAGCGACUGUUAUCUAAUGCUGAAGAAGAGAGGCUAGAGAAAGAGAAGGCUGCAAAACUAGCAGCAGCGAAAGAAGUCUCUGUCAAAAUCAGGUUCCCAGAUCAAGCGACUAUCGUCUCACCCUUCAAGGCAGAUGAGACAGGAGCUGAUUUGUAUACAUAUGUAUCGAAUGUCAUUCGUGCAGGUGACCAGCCGUUCAAGCUUGUUUGGAAUGGUAAGGGUGUACAAACUGUGCCCAAAGAUGAUAAGAAAAAGCUUAUCAAGGACCUGAAGUUUGAUGCUCGAAUGCUAAUUAACUUCGUGUGGGAGGACGGAGUCAACCCUGCUGCAAAGAAAGCACCAAUAUUGAAACCGGAGUUCGAUGAGAAAGCUCAGGAAAUACCUGUGCCAGAAGUUCGACCCCUUCUUCCACAAUCGAGUGGAUCCAAAAUUGGUGACACUAUGGAGAAGGCAGGCCAAGAUGUUGCUGCUAAGGUGAAGGGGAUGCCGAAGUGGUUUAAAGGGCUUGGGAAGAAGUGA